AGCCGCCUUCGCAGCGUGAUAAGCGCGGCGGUUGUUGGGUCAUGCGCGUGCCCGACCCCGCAGAGUGCAGCGGAACGUGGGGUCCACGUUCUCGGAGCAGUGGCAGCUGCGGGCUGGCCGAACAAGCUUCCGAGGCAGGGCUUGAGGUGCUUGCCAACGUCUUCUGUGCCCUGGACGCGCGUUGACGCAGCACUGUGCGCCCGCCUGCACCAGUCGGCCUGCAACGAGGAGCGCGCCAAACAGCCGUUUGGAGGGCGGGUGCGGAUGGACUGUGCGCCCUGCCGGAGCGGCACCGACUCACUGGGGAAGCUGCGGACUGGGGCAGGGAUGGGGUGUGCGCCAGACUCGUUGCGAUUCAUCGCGACAUCCUCCCGCCGGCUCAACCGCUGCCACUGCCACCGCUGCGCUCUGCCCAUCUGCUGCGAACGGCGCUCGCCGAAUCCACACACACUGCACCGCAUGUCCCCUCGGUAAUCCGCGCGCAAAAUGGGGCGCAACGCGCGGAAGCGCAUCUCCUAUGUGCUGCCGCUGGCGAACUCGGCAGGAGGCCACCGCCUGGGCGUCAAUGGCCUCGCCGUCGACCCAGCCAACUCCAUCCUUUACUCGGGCGGCCGUGACGGCGUGAUAUGCGCCUGGGACCUGCACCUCGACCUCCAUCGCCGCGACAGCGACGACAGAGACCCCUUCGCCGACUCGAGCGCACCCAACUACAAGCCGCCGCCCACCCAGUUCCGCCAGCAGGCCCAGGCCCACACCCACUGGAUCAACGACCUCGUGCUCGCCCAGAGCAGCGAGGCCCUCGUCUCUGCCUCUUCCGACAUCACCGUCAAGGUCUGGCGUCCCGCUGCUACAGAUAUCCAGCCGCCGCAAACGAUUGGCCUCCACACCGACUACGUCAAGCGCGUCGCCUCGCCCGGGCUACACGAGAACUGGGUGGCUUCUGGCGGGCUUGAUCACAAAAUCAGCCUGUGGGACCUGAACGGCGCGGGCCAGAAGCUUCAGAUCGCCGUGGGCGACGAUGAGAACAUCGCCAAAGGCUCCGUCUAUGCCCUCGCAUGCAGCCCCUCCAUUGUGGCAAGUGGCGGGCCCGAGAGCAUCGUGCGCAUAUGGGACGCCCGGACCGGCAAGCGCGUCACCAAGUUUGUAGGACAUACCGACAAUGUGCGCGACGUCCUCAUCACCCAGGAUGGCGACACGAUCCUCACGGCUUCGUCAGAUCAGACUGUCAAAGUAUGGUCCAUGACAGCGGGCCGGUGCAUGUACACGCUUACCAUGCACAACGACAGCGUAUGGUCGCUCUUCUCAGAUGACCCGCAGCUGAGAGUCUUCUACUCUGCCGAUCGCUCGGGCAUAGUCGCAAAGAGCGACACCCGCAAUUGUCCUGAGAUGGACGAGGGCGUUUCCGUCGCAGUGUUGCAAGAGCACGAGGGUGUCAACAAGGUGGUCGCGGCUGGUGACUGGGUGUGGACGGCAACAUCCAGCUCCAGCAUCAACCGGUGGAACGACGUAGAGACUGCGGCUGAGAUCGCGCUCCCGGAGUCCUACAAGAUGCAUAGGUCCAGCAUCGCCACAACACGGUCCCGCUACCCAUCCCCUCCUGCUGCGUCGACACCUCCUACGAAUGGAGCCGCGCCAAAGAUUCCAUUCAAAGCUCUGCUGCGCAUGUCUAACACGGCGCCGUUCCCGCAACUGUUUUCUAAGGACUCUGAUGCAUCUACCUUAUAUUCGGUCACCAGCGCGCGCAAGCCUGCCGAAGUCUUGGUGGCACCUGAUCACGGCGUCAUUGUUCCCUGUAGAGAUUUGCCUGACUUUUCUAUAGAAGGCCAGAACGGUCUGAUCAAGCACCACCUGCUCAAUGAUAGAAGAAGAGUGCUGACCCUAGAUACUGCUGGAGAAGUUAUUCUCUGGGACUUGCUCGCUUGCGUUCCCAUAAAAUCGUUUGGCAAACGUCACUUGGAAGAUGUCGUCCCGGAAGUAAACACUCGCGAAACUGUUGCCCAUUGGUGCGCCGUCGAUACACGAAUAGGAAGCUUGACGUGUGUUUUGGAGGAAAAUUAUUGCUUCGAUGCCGAGAUGUACGCCGACGAACUGGACCUUGAAGAGAACAUUGACUUCAGGGAAGACCAGCGGAUAAAUCUUGGCAAAUGGGUCUUGCGGUACCUUUUCGCGAACCUUGUUGACGAGGAGAUUAAGCGCGAUGCUACUUUCAGAGAAACUCUGCUUGCGAACGUAGCAAGUCGAGCCAAUCCACCAAGUAGCAUUCAGCUGCCAGACAGUAAUCUCAAUGGAUGGAAAGACGCGACGUCAGGGCCUACAUCAGGCUCCACUAUUCGCCCUCAGAACGGAUUUCACCUACCUCCCACAACGCCUGGUAUGCACAUAGGCCAGGCUACGCCGGGUAUUACUCCCUCAAGCGCAGGUAAAGGCUCCCAUCUUAAUCACCUUCUGACUCCUACAACGGAAGAGGGCUCUCAACUGGAGAAGACUGCCACCCAGAGGAGUUCUACACAGGACCAGUCGGACUACUUCUCCAGGACGCCUACUACCAAUGGAAACGGCAAUGGAAACAAAAAAGAAAACAGUUCCACAGAAGGGUCAGAGGAAACGGUACCUCAAUCACCAGCCGAGGACCCCCAGACGCAGAAAAAGAGCAAGGGUCUUUUUGGCAAGAAAUUUGGCAUGUCCCUCAACAUGAAAAAGUUUGCCACAUCUUCAGAAAAGCCCGAGGCACCGAAACCAGCGGCUGCGGAUGAGAAGUCGGAAGACAGUGACUCACACUCGACUAAAACCGACGAAAAGGUCAUAGAGGAUAGCUUCUUCGGAGCUCUACAGAAGAUUCGCCAGACAUAUGAGGAGCAGUCAAUUCUAGGCACUCAAAAGCUGGAGACGCAGAUAGCGCCCAGUUUACCAAACGAGACACCCGUCCUGAAACCGCCUGCUAAUACGACCAUUCUCAUUCAAGAGGAUCGUCCCGACAGUGGUGGGGUCGCUGAUCUAUUUGAAGGGAAGGUCGGCUCUUUGGGUCAGCAAGCUGAUCUCAUUGAAAAGUGCGCUCCCGUCUGGCUUGCCGACGUCCUCCUCCGCAACCAAAUCCCCCCCAAAGACAUCGUCAAGGUGUCUUUCAUACUGGAGCCCUACCAAGCUCUGCUCCCCAGUAUCUCUUCCGAUGGCAACAACCGCCUCAACGCGAAUCGCAUGCUGCGCGCGCGCAAGAUCCUGUCGUACGUCGCUGAGCGCAUCGAACCCGCGCCCAGUAAGGAGGACUCUGAGAAAGAGGAUGCGCAGCUGAAGCCUGAGGAGUAUCUGGAGCUUUACUGCCAGAAUCAGCUCCUCGCCCCAACUAUGACCCUCGCCUCCAUCCGCGCACACAUCUGGCGCGGCGGCGGUGACGUCGUUCUAUACUACAAGGCGAACGGGCGGAAGGAAAUCAAGCACGCGCCGCACGCGGGGCUCACACUCGGCCCGGGCAGCUCCGGCGUGAGCGAGGGCAAGUCAUCGAGCGAGGCUGAGCGGAGUAGCCAGCAGAGCUCGAGAGGGAUCAUUGAGGGGAAGGGACUUGUGGCGUGAGCGAUGAGAUGAUGUUGCGUUUGUUGUUGGGGCCGUGUGGGAAGGUUGUAUAUAGGUGGUGGGAUCCGUGUCUUGCGCAUACCCCCGUUCUGCAUGCUUGUACGGUUGGUGCAUGCAUGCUUAGUUGAGGCUGGGUGCGCGGUGUGGUAUGAUACACGUUUAUACACUUUUUUGCAUAUGUGUGGCACUAUAAAAGGCGUAUCCUUGGCGUAGUGCUGAAGUGGCCUGGAUGCGGGUUUGCGUGAGGGCAUUUGGGUUUUAGUUUGUUCCUGGGAAGCUGCGAGGCACGCUGUCUCAUGUACACACGCUCGCUCAUCUCCUGAC